AUGAAGAGCGCUCUUAUUCAACUCUACUCCAAGCCUUUGGCACCAGAGGAGAAUUACGCCAAGGCAGAGUCGUUUAUACGAAAAGCCGCUGAUGAGGGAGCCGAAAUUGCCAUUCUCCCAGAAUACCAUUUAUCGUCAUGGAUACCAGAUCGCGACAAGCUCUACGCCAUCGCCCAACAGACACCCAAGUAUCUAGACCAGUACCGUUCGCUGGCAAAAGAACUUGGGAUAUGCAUUGUCCCAGGGACCCUACUCUCAGUCCCCGGCGAAGAAAUCGAAGAUCGCAGGUUGCUAAACAUUAGCUACUUCAUCGGCACAGAGGGAAACGUGCUGGGGCAGUACCAGAAACGCAACCUCUGGCAUCCAGAGAAACCUAUCCUGAUACCGUCACCUAACCCAGAACCACACAAGGCCUUUGAAACACCCUUGGGAAGAGUCGGGCUGCUUAUCUGCUGGGAUCUUACUUUCCCAGAAGCAAUGCGGGCACUUGUAGCAGACGGCGCAACCAUCAUCAUUAUCCCUUCCUGCUGGUUGCGGGCGGAUAGCGUGGAUGCCGCGCUAGGCGUUAACCCGGACCUGUCCAUUCUGUACCUAGACACGCUCUGCAUAGCCCGCGCAUUUGAAAACACGGCGGCCGUCUUGUAUGUUAAUGCGGGCGGUGCCGGUGAGGGCGAUGCGGACGGGGUGCCACCGGGAAAAGACGCCUUGGGGAGGGAGUAUGCGGGUGUAAGUCAGGCAGCACUGCCCAUUCGAGGUAGUCUGGGCCGGCUGGAAACCGGCCAGGAGGGCAUGAGUAUUGUGGAUAUAGACUUAAGGAUACGGGAUGUUGCAGAGAGCAUCUAUAAGUCUCGGGAAGAUAUGGCCCAGCGAGGCUGGGUGUAUUGA